AUGGAAGCCGCUCUAUCCAGAGACGACCAGCGUAUCAUACUUCAUUUUGAUUACGACUGUUUUUAUGCUUCAGUGUUCGAGGUUGAGCAGCCUGUAUUGAAAACACUUCCCCUCGCUGUUCAGCAAAAGCAAAUCGUAGUUACCUGUAACUACGAAGCUCGAAGACGAGGAUUACACAAGCUUCAGUUGAUUAAAGAGGCGAAAAAGGUCUGCCCAGACGUGGUCAUCGUCCUCGGGGAAGACCUCACAAAAUUUCGAGAUGCAUCGAAAGACCUCUACCUCUUCCUCCGGGGGUUUAUCUGGGGCGAGAGAGUCGAGAAGCUGGGGUUCGACGAAAUCUUUAUGGACGUGACGGAUAUGAUAGCGUACAAUGUGGCGCUGCUGAACCCCAAUGACUUGACUCAUUCCUUCUUCCACCUCGACCGCCAGGACCCUACAGCUGGCUUUGAAUUUGACGCCACCAAUUUACAUGGGCCUGUCUAUCCGGAUGGGGAUACUGCUGCAGAUCUGGCGCCAUCGACAGAAUCAGACCCCUCCCAGAUUCGAACGAGACUAUUGCUUGCUUCUCAUCUAGCGGGCUACCUUCGAGGCCAACUCGAAGACGAGAAGGGCUACACAGCUACGGCAGGAAUCUCCACUUCUAAAAUACUCGCCAAGUUAGUGGGCAGUGUUCACAAGCCAAAUAGCCAGACGACGCUCCUCCCACCGUAUACUACGGUGAAAAAUGGCGAAGAGAGCAAUGUCUUAAAAUUCCUCGACCAACGUGAGAUUCGGGCAAUCCCUGGUAUAGGGUCCAAGUUUUCACGCAAAAUCAUAUCCUAUAUUACAGCUUCGGACCCUGCCAAGGCUGAAGAUGGACUAACAGUUCGUGAUGUCCGACUGUUUCCCGGCAUGGGACCCUCCGUUUUGGAAAGGAUUCUCAGUGCACCCGGGGCUCCGCGAGCUAUCGGAUUGCGAAUUUGGGAGCUUCUCCAUGGUGUCGACAACACUCCAGUUGGCGAAGCUCGAGAUGUACCGACCCAGAUCAGCAUUGAGGAUUCCUACGGCUCGCUGGAUAACUUCGAGGCGGCCCGCAAGGCGAUGCUUGCUUUGGCUGCGAGCCUGAUACGUCGAAUGCGGACCGAUUUGACAGAAAAGUAUACCGAUGCCGAAACGACAUCCACUACGGCCGCGGAACAUGGAGACACAAAGAUUCGCUGGCUGGCCCGCCCCCGUACCAUUCGCUUGUCCACACUGCCGCGAUCCCUGCCAGACUCGAAUAGCGGCGUCAGCCAUACUCGCAUAUCGCACUCUGCGCCUCUACCUCAAUACGUCUUUAACCUUGAUGAGUCUGUCGACGCUCUAGCAGAGCGACUGGUUCGAGACUUGACGGUGACUAUGUUCCGUAAGCUUCAUCGCGAGCGGACCGGGUGGAACCUGCGAGUUCUAAAUCUCGCAGUGACGAAUAUGGUCGACCUGAUAGGAAAACAUAGCAACGGUUGUGACAUUGGGAAGAUGUUCCAGCGACAGGAGGUCCCUGAAUCUACCCCGGCCGCAGCAUCAGAAGCAGUCUGGGAGGAGAGUGAUGAGGAGGACAACAUGACUGGUGUACAUUGCAAUGUUUGCGGAGCGCUGAUACCCCAUUUUGCGCGUGUUGCACAUGAGGUGUAUCAUACUAAUCCUGGUCAAUGA